GGGGCCCGCGGGCGGGCCGCCCUCCCCGCAGCAACCCACCCCCCUCUUAAAGCGGCGGCGGGAAGAUGAGGUUUCGGGAGCCGCUCCUGGGCGGCAGCACCGCGAUGCCGGGCGCGUCCCUGCAGCGGGCCUGCCGCCUGCUCGUGGCCGUCUGCGCGCUGCACCUUGGAGUCACGCUCGUCUAUUACCUGUCCGGCCGUGACCUGAGCCGCCUGCCCCAGCUGGUCGGGGUCGCCACGCCGCUGCAGGGCGGCUCGAGCGGUGGCGCCGCCGCCGCCAGCGGGCAGCCCUCCGGGGAGCUCCAGGCCGGAGGGGUCCGGCCCCCGCCGCCUCUGGGCACCUUCUCUGAGCCUCGCCCGGGUCGCGACUCCAGCCCUGGCGCCGAUUCUGUGCCCGGCCCCGCGAGCAACUUGACUUCGGUGCCAGUGCUCCCCACCACAGCGCUGUUGCUGCCCGUUUGCCCUGAGGAGUCCCCGCUGCUGGUGGGCCCCAUGCUGAUCGAAUUUAAUAUCCCUGUGGACCUGGAGCUCCUGGCGAAGCAGAACCCGGAGGUGAAGGUGGGCGGGCGCUACACCCCCAAGGACUGUAUCUCUCCCCACAAAGUGGCCAUCAUCAUCCCGUUCCGCAACCGGCAGGAGCACCUCAAGUACUGGCUGUACUACCUGCACCCAAUCCUGCAGCGCCAGCAGCUGGACUAUGGCAUCUACGUCAUCAACCAGGCUGGAGACUCCAUGUUCAAUCGCGCCAAGCUCCUCAACAUUGGCUUUCAGGAGGCCUUGAAGGACUAUGACUACAACUGCUUCGUGUUCAGUGACGUGGACCUCAUUCCCAUGGACGACCAUAACGCCUACCGGUGCUUCUCCCAGCCACGGCACAUUUCCGUUGCCAUGGAUAAGUUUGGGUUUAGCCUACCUUAUGUGCAGUAUUUCGGAGGUGUCUCAGCUCUGAGUAAAGACCAGUUUCUCGCCAUCAACGGAUUUCCUAAUAAUUACUGGGGCUGGGGAGGAGAAGAUGAUGACAUUUUUAACAGGUUAGUUUUCAAAGGCAUGUCCAUAUCUCGCCCAAAUGCUGUAGUUGGGAGGUGUCGCAUGAUCCGCCACUCAAGAGACAAGAAGAAUGAACCCAACCCUCAGAGGUUUGACCGCAUCGCGCACACUAAGGAGACGAUGCGCUCCGACGGUUUGAACUCACUCACCUACCAGGUGCUGGACAUACAGAGAAACCCGUUGUACACCAAAAUCACAGUGGACAUCGGGACACCAAGCUAGCGUCGUGGCACACUAAUGAGAGACCUGAAGAUGGCUGGAGACCACUGCUGGGUCUCUGCCAUUCUCUGCUGGGCUGGCCCCUCUUGUUUUUUUAGCCGUCUGAGUGACAGGUGCCCUGCGCUCAGCAUCCAGAAGCCUCUCCAAGAUGACCAGGACCAGUGGGAGAUGUUCCCCCAGUGUGGCUGGACAUGUGACUUCCUCGCUCUAUCAGGUGUUUGUCAGUGUAGAAGCUGUCGGCCUUUCUUUUGUUUUGUUUUGGAGGGGUGAGAGAGUUUGACGGACUCAUGGCGUCACCGUAGAGAGUCAGAACCUCGUGCGGCCCCAAAUGCGGGGACCGUGGAGCUCAUUCCCAGCCGGAGAACUGCUCGGUUGUUUGGAAAUGGGUAAGAAUUACUGGUGGUGUUCUUCCUACUUCGUGAAGAGUGGGUGACUGCUGCUGAAAUCGAUGUGCUAUUUUUUGGUUGUCAUUGUGUGUGUGUGUGUGUGUGUGGUUGUCACAUUUUUAACGGAAAAACACAACAUCUGUAGCAUUUUCACUUGUCCCCUCCCCACCGCCAUCCUUCAGUGGUGGGCAGCCAUUACAAUCCCUGUGUGUGGAGUCUCUUCUCAGCAGAAUUCUAAGCCUUGGACCUUUGAUCCUGCUCGUGUAUGAAUUCCAAGGCAACUUAGCCAUCAGAGCAAAAGCCAUGGCUGUUCUCAGUGGCCUAUCUCCGGAUGGAUUUCUGAAUGUAAAGACUUUUUUUUAAGUAGCAGUUUGUAGUAUUUUAAAGAAAGAACAAAUCGAGUUCUGCUUGUGAUCUAGUGUGAUUAAGUGUUGAUCCAAAUCUGCCUAGGCUCUUUAGCGUUAAGUCAUGACAAUUUAUUUUUCUGAGCAUGCUAUGUAAACUUGAAUUUCCUAUGUAUUUUUAUUGUGGUGUUUUAAAUGUGGGGAUGGGAUUGAACUUUUUUUUUUUUUUUAGGGGAUUAAAAAAAUAAUUAUGUUGUCGUGGCCACAAAUGGGCCUCUGAUGCAGCUGCAGGCCAGGUUUUUUGUGCGCAGCAAAGUCACCUUCGGGGCCCUUGACAAGCGCAAGGCCUCCCGGUCAGCACUCUCGUGCCAGACCUGGAGCAGAGAGACCUGGGAGACAGGAGCCUCUGCCUUCCCUGGCACAGCUGCCCACCUCCCCCGCCCUCCCCAGGUGGGCAGGGUGGCGGGAACCUCAGUCGCUUCUGAUUGACCCCUCAAGGCCCUGGCCUCCGCCUCUGCUCUGGCUCCAGCGGGGGCCUCCCUGGGGCGCUUCCACCCCCACCCUUGGACCCCCUGCAUUCCCGGUCCUCCUCCUGCCUCCCCUUUCUCGCGGGCCCUGCCUCUCUCCUUCCUCCUCCUCCCUUCGUGUUCCUUUGCCUCUCGCCCGUGGCACUCAGGGUCAAACAGACUAUUCAUCCUCCAGCACGAAUGUGCCUUUGAAUUAUGAUCUGGAAAGAAGUUUAGCUGAACCCACCUCCCCACCCUGUCCUGAGAACUGUGAGGGGGCCUCCCACCUCCUGCCCCCCUGUGUUUUUCGCAGGUGCUCCCACCUCGCUGUGAGCUAACCCACAGGUGCUUCACGGAAGGCCACCUCUGCCGUGAGAUGGAUAGGACGUCAGAGGCACUUCCUACCACUGAGCACCCGGGCCAAGGUGCCCGGGUACAGCUGCCUGCCUCCAGGGUGGCAGCCUGGACCCCCAGUCACCGCCCUGGGCCCCACUGCCCUCAGUGUGGAGGCUGAGCUGGUGCCCGGCCCCAGUCUUAACCUGUGCCUUUAUUCCUUUGAGCAUCUCAGAUGCGAACUUUUGGUUCUGUUUCCAAAAGCCUUGGUAUUGGUUAAAAAUUAUUUUCCACUGCAGCCGCAGCUGGGCUAUGCAAAGAGUAUUUCUUCUGUCAGUUCCUUGUUCCUUCAUCACCGUGGUAGUAAAACUGGGAAUGAGAGCGAGCUUUGGGAAAUGCAAAGAGUGAAGGCCUCUCUCUCUCUGUCCCCAGACCCUGACUUUGCCAAAGUGCCUUAAAAGAAAGGGUCAGGUGCCCCAGCGGGAACUUCUGAUGACUGCCUUGACCUGUAGAUCUCCACCUUUUCCUUUGUGCCUGUCGAUGUUCAAUCAUGUCCAGUAUGUGGUUCGUUUUCAGAACCAAGGAGAGUUCUGCUCCUGCUGCCCUGUGUGCCAGCCUUCCAGUGCUGUCCUGGAUCUCUGCUGGGCACGUUGGCCUGGGCCCGAGCGCUGCGGGCCGCGUUUGCUCACGGGGGAUUGCAGGGCUGCGGGGUCAGGAAGCACGACCUUCACCGCCACGCUGUCCCUGCUGUGCCUUUUUCUCUUUCUCCCCAUCCCGGUGCAAAGUGGCCUUUGGGCAAGCGCCGAGGGCAGAGGCGGCACAGGAGGGUGAAGAAUAUGCCGUGCUCUCUGGGCCUGGGUCUCCACCAACCUUGGGGUGGGCAGGGGGUGCGCAUGGCCCAGAGGAUGGUAUCCAUGUCCUAGAGCCUUGUUGUGCUGUGUCAUUUGAUUUCCCACAGAUGCAAUGUGUGUAUUUACCAUUGUAAGGCCAGGGUGGGGCGGGGGAGGGGAGGAAGGGGAGCAUCUGACCUUGGUGUUCAAAACAGAAUUGUAUUUUUGCCUUUAAAAUCCAGUAAUAUAACAUGAAUAAAUGACCCUAUCUUUGUAACUGUAGGUGGUUCGUGUUUUCCUCACGCAGUGGGUUAAGGCUCUCCCAGAGCCGGAGCUGCCUGCCAGGAGGAUCUGAGGGAAGCAGAGAUGGCCUCCCUCCAGGG